AUGGCCAAACUGGAUCCUUUCCGACGGUCACGUCGAUCAACAAUUAUAUCUCCGACUCGGUAUAUUCGUGAAUGGCAUUGGCAUGCAUUAUCGGUUCUAGUUUGCAUCGCCUGUCUUCUAACAUUUGUCGCAGGAUACGUGAAUACAAUUUGUAUUGUAAAUGCAUUUCGUCUUCCACUAACUGCUCUGACGGGUAGUACGUCGAAAAUGGCGAUUAUUCUCGCUCAAGGCCGCUUUGACAUUGGCUUUCAUUUCUUUUUAUUGAUCUUUUCAUUCGCUUUGGGAAGUUUUAUCUCGGCUGCAAUUGUUGGCGGUUCUUCAUUUCGAAUUCAACAUCAUUAUGGCUUUGUACUCUUUCUUGAAUCCAUCGCUCUCGGUAUUGGCAGUCUUUUCGAAAAUGUUCAUAUUUCAUUGAAUUCUCAUUGGGAAGCAUUAUCACCGAGUGCAUAUUUAGUAUGUUUGGGACUUGGACUACAAAAUGGUAUGUGUACGACGUAUUCAGGUGCUGUUAUUCGUACGACACACGUAACAGGAACAAUGACAGACAUUGGACUUAUUCUUGGACAAGCUGUUUUUCACAAGCGAACCCGUAAAAACUUGUGGAAAUUAAAAAUCUUAGUACCUCUAUACUUAUCCUUUCUGUUUGGUUCUGUUGUUGGUUGGUUCGCUCAUGAAUGGUUAUAUGAUAAAGCGAUAUUAAUACCCUGUGCAAUUGUGGGAUGUUUAGGUUUGGGGCAUAUUACAUACUGUCGAAUGAUUCUGAAUCUUCAUAUUGAAAAAAUACAAAAGAAGAAUGAAGAAUUAUAUAGUUCUGCAAGAUUCUCUGCUGCUGCUGUGUCCGAUGUUGUUUUAAAGACGAGCACUAUAUCAGAUAAACAACCAAAUGAAGUUGAUGAUGACGAUCUCAUAGGACAAAACACGACAAUUUCACUGAUUACACAUAAUGAUUCUGCACAAGUUAAACAGCAGGACCCACCGAUGUUUUCCGUAUAG